GAAACCACCACGAUCUCGAAUUGAACCACACUCUCCCUCUAUUCCAACCUCGGGGAACGAUUCCACCCAAGUCGAUUUAUACCAACACUCCCGAAAACAUCCGGGCAAUGUCCCUCCACACCUCCCUCCGCCGCAGCGCGGCCUCAGCAACCAGCCGCCUCCCAACAACGCCCUCCUCCACGACUUUCAUCUGCACACAAUGCCGACAUGCCACGCUACUGCGCCGUCCCAAGCGGCCCUACACCUUCACGCAGCUGAUCACCCUCUCCGACGGCAGCGCCUACAUGCAGCGCACGACGUCCCCGGCCCCCGUUUACCGCUCCACCCGUGACACCCGCAACACGCUGCUGUGGAAUCCCUCGUCCACCAAACUGAUGAGCGUCGAGGACGACGAGGCCGGUCGGUUGGCGGCGUUCCGUGCCAAGUACGGCCGGAUCUGGGAUGCGAAUACCCCGCCUGCUGCUGCUGAGGAGGGCGCGGAGAAGAAGUCUGGGGCGGAGGCUGAGGCUGCUGCUGCUGCCGCUAAGGCGCAGGCGGAGGCCGAGGCUCAGGAGGAGGAGGAUAAUUUGUUGGAUUUGAUUAGCUCGUUUGGGCAGGAGGAGGUGCAGGCGGGGGAUAAGAAGAAGAAUUAGAUUUUGGGUGAAGGAUGUUGUUGUCGGUUAUUGUUCUAUUAUAAAUUGCGUUUUUUGUGUCUAGAUCCUGGCUUUGGGGGAUUUCUCUUGUACAGUAUACUAUUUUAUAUCAUUGGGUGCAAUGUAUCAUGUGCAAUGAU